AUGGUGAUAAGUGAGAAAUGGGCUUCCUACAGGGAAGAUGAUGUUGGGAAAGCAGCUGUUGUAAAGGAAAAGUUGUUGAAUGAUAUUUGGUGGGACAAGAUUGAAUAUGUACUCUCAUUCACAUUGCCUAUUGACGAGAUGCUCAGAUUUUGUGACACCGAUAAGCCAUGUCUAUAUUUGGUUUAUGAGAUGUGGGAUUCAAUGAUUGAACGGGUGAAGGCAUCUAUCUAUAGGCGUGAAGGGAAGUCAAAAAAUGAAGAAUCGACCUUUUUCUCUGUAGUGCAUCAAAUAUUAGUGGAAAGGUAUUAUAGUGGAAUGUGGCUUCAUGAAAAUCCCAUUUGUGUUCCUCCUCACAAAGAUGUUGAAAUUUCUGAGAUGAGAAUUAAGUGUUUUAAGAGAUAUUUUCCUGAUUCAGAGGAGAAAAGGGUUGUUAAUACAGAGUAUGCUAAGUUUUCAGGUUGUUUAGAAAGUUUUGGAGACUUUGACUCAAUAUGUGAUAGAGGAGUAAUGGAGCUAGUGGUUUGGUGGUUGGCAUAUGGCUCUUUUACACCUAUGCUCCAAUCCUUGGCAGUGAAAUUACUUGGCCAACCAUGUUCUUCAUCAUGUUGUGAAAGGAAUAUGAGCACCUACUCUUUCAUUCACUCUAUAAGGAGGAAUAAAAUGACACCACAAUAG